AUGCCUGACUACACUUACAAGAGCUCCGGCACCAAUAGCCAGGGCAACCACUAUUGCGCUCGUGACUACGGUAGCGGCGCUUCCAACUCCAACUCCUACCACUAUUCCAACCAGGACGGCUCCUACUAUUACUCCAACUCUAAUGGAAGCACCUACUAUAACAACGGCGCCGGAAGCUCCACAUACACUUCGCCCAGUGGAAACUCCACUUCGCAGUCCGGAGGCGGCAGCAAGAAAUAG